CGGUAAUCUUGGACGUGUAUGCCCAUGUGGUUUUUUUCUCUGACAGAUAAUUAACACCACGUAGCGUAGUCAAACUUAGAUCUAUCACCUUGUACUGUUCAUCUUCCCCAAUCAUUUUGACAAGCAACCAUUUCUUCUUCUAUCAGAACUCUAAAUCCACGAAAGCACUAGACUGUUUACAAAUAUUGGAGUGCACUUAGGGUUCUGAGGAAUCUGAGCCUCGCUGAAUAGAACCACGGCUGCAAAAAACCUCUUCACUAAACAUCCCCAAUUAAGUUGGAUCGGAAGACUAAAUGGAGGAAGGAUACUUUUUCAUUGACAUCCCUCCAUUUUGAUAGAAGAAUAAGGGGCACGUUACAACCGGGGAAGGAGAAGCUCGAAUUUGAACAAGUGGACGAACCAGAGAAGCAUCUUGGCGACGACAUCCAUGCGUUGAAGCGGUGAAGCAGAAGAGCAGCGGCGGGUAGGCUUGGAACAACGACGACGACGAAGUGUAGCUGAGAGAGAAAGAGGGAUAGAGUCAGCCGGUGAAGAAGAAAGUGAAAGGAGGAAGUGAACGGCGGGAGAGGAAGGUGGGUACAGCCGUACAGAGCGGACCGUCGGUGAACUAGCUGGCCUAGACAUGUACGGAAAUGUUGGUGAAGUUGCUAAGGAGGCGGCACGAAGCGUAUAGGAAAGAAAGAAAAAGAAAUAAAGAAAAAAGAACUGCCUUCAAGUGCUGGCUUCAUUCCCCACCAUAGGGUUUUUGUGCAUCUCAAAGACUCGAGACGGUAACAAUGGAGCUGACGGCGCAAGAGCUGAACCUGUACAACGGCUCCGAUCCGUCGAAGCCAAUUUACGUAGCGAUUAAGGGCCGCAUAUUUGACGUCACUGCCGGCAAGUCUUUCUACGCUCCCGGGGGAAGCUACGCCAUCUUCGCCGGAAAAGAUGCCACCAGAGCCCUAGCCAAGAUGAGCAAGGCAGAGGAGGAUAUCUCCCCCUCAACCGAAGGGCUAUCUGAGAAAGAAAUUGGGGUCCUCGAGGACUGGGAGAAGAAGUUUGAAGCUAAGUAUCCUGUCGUUGGCAGUGUUCGUACAUAAUCUUCCUAAUUUAUUUCUACACCAUUUACCAUAAGCUUCAAUUAUAUGUAUUUAAAAAAGAGAUGAUUUGAUGCUAUUCGGUUGAAAUGUGUGCUUAACUUAUUGUUGUAUCUUCAUAAACAUCGGAUGCUGUAAUCUCAUGAAUAAUGGCUUCUUUGCAAUCGAUAAUCUGAAUGUUACCUCUUCUCUGCAUUAAACUGAGAUGGGAAAUCAAUUCACUUCAGAGUCUGAAUUUUCAGAGACCAAUGGAA